UGCUCGUUUUAGCAGUGUCGACCUUGGCUAACUCACGAUGGCCGGCAGAGCGUGGAGGUCAGCGAUACUAAAUCUGCUAAGACAGUUGGGUUUUUCGAUCAAUGACAAGGAUAAAAUCAAACCACAGGAAGUGUCACGGGUCGUCGGUGCUUUUAAAAAUGAGGCUCCUCAGUCUCGGACAUUCGUCCGUGGGAUGCAAACUGUUACUCUAAUUCCUGGUGAUGGAAUUGGUCCUGAGAUCUCCUCUGCUGUCAUGAAGAUAUUUGAGGCAGCUAAAGCACCAAUUCAGUGGGAGGAGAGAAAUGUUACAGCCAUCAAAGGACCUGGUGGGAGAUGGAUGAUUCCUCCAGAUGCCAAAGAAUCAAUGGACAGGAACAAAAUUGGCCUGAAAGGUCCGUUGAAGACACCGAUAGCUGCUGGCCAUCCCUCCAUGAACCUGCUGCUGAGGAAAACGUUUGACCUGUACGCGAAUGUGCGCCCCUGUGUGUCCAUCGAGGGCUACAAAACCCCCUACACUGACGUGAACCUGGUGACCAUCAGAGAGAACACUGAGGGAGAGUACAGUGGGAUCGAGCAUGUGAUCGUUGAUGGCGUUGUCCAGAGUAUUAAGCUCAUUACAGAGCAGGCCAGCCAACGCAUUGCUGAAUAUGCUUUCGAAUAUGCCAGAAACAAUCAGAGGGCCAGUGUCACCGCUGUUCACAAGGCUAACAUCAUGCGAAUGUCGGAUGGACUUUUCCUGCGAAAGUGCAGAGAAGCCGCUGAGAAGCACAGAGAUGUGAAAUUCACUGAGAUGUACUUGGAUACUGUGUGCCUUAACAUGGUGCAGGACCCCACACAGUUCGACGUGCUCGUGAUGCCAAAUUUGUAUGGUGACAUUUUGAGUGAUCUUUGUGCUGGACUGAUUGGGGGUCUUGGGGUGACCCCUAGUGGAAACAUCGGUGCUAAUGGAGUGGCCAUAUUUGAAUCGGUUCAUGGAACUGCUCCAGAUAUUGCAGGCAAAGACAUGGCGAAUCCCACCGCCUUGCUGCUCAGUGCAGUGAUGAUGCUGCGGCACAUGGGGCUGCACAACUACGCCAAGAACAUCGAAAAAGCCUGCUUUGACACCAUUCGAGACAAAAAGGUUCUCACCAAAGACCUGGGAGGAGAGUCGAAGUGCUCCGAUUUCACAGAGGCAAUAUGUCAAAGAGUGCGAGACAUGGACUAAGAAGAUUCUGGUUGGGUCAGCGGUUUAUUUGUUCGGGUUUGAGUUACUUAACGCCAUCCUGUACGCGCACAUCAAAACGUGUUGAAAAAGAGCUCAGGAACUACAGAGCCUGAAUGUUUAUUUUAUUCUCUACGCACACUCUAAAGCACUGUCUUAAAACCUUUGACCAACAGUUUCUCAACAUGCGGUAUGCAUACUCAUUGUGACGAUUGUGAGGUGUUUGUGGUGAAUAUUAUGUAUUUAUUGGCUAAACCCGAAUUUUAGUGUACUGGACCUUAUUUUAUUUUAAAACUAACCCGAGAAAACGGCAAAUAAUCAGCAAAUCAAACUCUUAAUCUUUUUUUCUUUUUUGCUUCACAUAUCUGCUGCUCUUUACAUGACAAUAUCAUUCCUCCUGCAAAUAUGAUAGAUGUUUAAAAAAAGAAAAAUGGAUAUCACAUUGUCAUAACUGGCAUUUACUUCAGAAUUUUUCGAAGUGACUGUUGUGGGUGUCAUCAUGAAGGCAGCUUUCAGCCGCAGCUGUGAAUGCUGCUGACGGUUACGGGAGAGUUUUUGGGUAAAUAUCCCAAAGAAAACGAUACACAACAUUCAAAUUCCAUGAUGCAAUUUAGCUGGAAUCAUUUUAAAGGCGUUAAAAUGAAGUGUUGUCUAGAUACAGCAAUUUCAUGAGGAAAUAUAUAAGCAUGUGAGAGGAUGUACUGAAUGCCUAAGAAAGUAUUAGUCACAAUUUAAAAUAUUAAAUAAAGCCUCUGAAAAUGUA